AGUGAAAGGAGUCUCCUUUUUGUCUCCAUUUGUCUCCAUUUUCAGUUUUUUAUCGAAGGAAAAAAUAUUCUUCCUUUACUUUUGGCGAUUUCCUUCCUCCUCUCUCUCUCUCUAUAUCUCUCUCCUUACUCUCUGGCUUUAUCAAAAUCCUUGGAGACAACGGAUCCAAUCAACGAGACUUGUAUGAGCGUUCCUCAGAUUUAGAUGCAUUCUUGAUUCAUCUUUGUCUUCAGUCAAUCCGUGUUAAAAGUCCUUAGCUUUACGCAUUCUGCCCACCAACUGUUCGUUGAAACUCCGCAGAGAGAGUGGAAUUUGAAGUUUUAUAGAGAGAUGAAGGAUUUUCCUUCUUGCUUCGGUGAAAACGGAGUCCAAGUCGCGGAUUCUUCGUCUUCGAACUCCGGGAAGAACGCUCAGAACCUGGUCACUUCUAUCUACCAGUGCCGUAUCCGAGGAAGGACUUGUUUGAUCACCCUGACGUGGGCCAAGACUCUGAUGGGUCAGAGUGUGACCGUUGGUGUUGAUGAUUCUCGUAACCAGAGCCUCUGUAAAGUCGAGAUCAAGCCCUGGCUGUUCACCAAACGAAAAGGGUCCAAGAGUUUGGAGGUUUAUUCGUGUUGUAGCGUCGAUGUUUACUGGGAUCUGGCGUCUGCGAAGUUCGGGUCAGGACCCGAAGCUUUGGGAGGAUUCUAUUUGGGUGUUGUUGUUGACAGGGAGAUGGUUCUGCUUCUCGGUGAUAUGAAGAAGGAAGCUUUCAAGAAGACGAACGCUUCGCCUUCGUCUCUGGGCGCCGUGUUCAUCGCCAAGAAAGAGCAUGUUUUUGGUAAGAGAGAGUUUAUAACGAAGGCUCAGCUCUGUUCAGAUGGGGUUAGAGUACAUGAUGUUGUGAUUGAAUGUGACACGAGCGUCACUGAUCCUUGUCUCGUUGUUCGUGUGGAUGGGAAGACGUUGUUGCAGGUGAAGCGGCUUAAGUGGAAGUUUCGUGGGAACGAUACGAUAGUUGUUAAUAGAAUGGCUGUGGAAGUUCUGUGGGAUGUUCAUAGUUGGCUAUUUGGGAUGCCUUCUUCUACAGCGGGAAACGCAGUGUUUAUGUUCAGGACUUGUCAGUCUUCUUCGGAUAAGAGCUUGUCUUCUUUCUCACAGGACAUCAUGGCAGCAACAACAACAACAAACUCCAAGUCUCAAAGUUCUGGUUUUUCGCUAAUUCUGUAUGCUUGGAAGAACGAGUAGAAUGCGUUUAAAAGCGUUUGUUGAUUCCUUGUCGACAUUUGUUAUUUAUAGCGUGAUGAUUAAUGAAUUGAUUCAUAA